AUGGUCAAGUGCUGGCGCUUGCGCGCGCGUAUUUUGCUAGUGCUGCGUUCGAUCCAGUGCGAGAUUUCCAGCAACGAGGGUUCCUUGAACUGUUUAAAUCAAGUGUGCACACGUAACAGUGUCCGAAAUGUGGUGCACGUGUUUUCGGACUAUGUGGAGAGAACGCGCCGUGCAGCAGGAGGCAAGGUGGAGAGACACACGAGAGAGGCUCGGUUGUGCUGGGACGACUUACCGGUGGACGACGCGAUCGACGAAGCUGCAGAGAGGGUUGGCAUCGUGGAUGAAGUGCUGCUAGCUGAUGAAAAUAUUUACGUCAACGUGUUAAAAGCAUGUAUGGAGAUCGAGGAUUUCUUCACGUUUAAAGAUGCGUUCCGCGGGAUGGUAGCUCGAGGUGUGGCUCGUACUGCUGGAUUCGGGUCAGCGAUUCGUUAUUGUCACAAGCAUUUGGAUCCAGUGUUCCUUGAAGAAGUGUUGGACGUGACCAGACCAAGCCAAGGAGCUGUUCUCGCAAUUGCUGAAAAACUCGUCGAUAGUGCCCGGCAUAUUACGAUGCUUGAGAUGGUGGAGAGUCAGUGCAACGCCUCGAUCGGGGAGGCGUUUAAUCUCAUGGACGUGUUUCUUGAGUGGAAGCUAACAUCGAAUAUUCAGGUGUUCACAUCGCUCCUGUCCAUCUACAUGCGCCGUCGUGAAGUAGGCAAUGCUGUUGCGCUCAUUGGUGCGAUGGAAGAGCAUGAUAUCGUUCCGGAUGUGAAGGCAUUCACGACUGUGGCGUUCAUUCAUGCAUCCCGCGGUGACUUGAAGGCUGUGGGAGACGUGUUACGAGACAUGGCGAGUCAAGGUGUUGCUACCGACAGGAUGCUCUUUGACUACGUCCUCAACACACUGUACGGGUCUUGCGGUAUCGACAUUUGUUUCUUGCUCUUGCGUGAGCUGAGUGCAAACGAGCUGGCGAUUCCAGGCGGACUGUACGUCUUGCUAAUUGGUCUCGGCACCACGAUUGGUUUGAUUGAGCGCACGGUGCAGAUUGCGUACAACAUGGAGUGCGAAGGCUACCAUCUCUCAUCGAAGCAGUUGUACGCGUUGAUAAUGCGUUGUCACUCGGACGGCGAGAUUUCGGAGUUUGUGCGGACGUUUGUGCUGUUACACCAGGGCGUGCCGCCUCAGACUCCGCGCGUUGAGGUGGAAAUGUAUGAAGAUUUCGUGGUGAAGUCGAUCUCACAAAAUUGCUUCUAUGAGUGUCGAUCUUCCACUUGCCCAGACUUGCCGACUCACGGAGGGGGUACUCCGAUCCGUGCCUUGUUGUAUGACCUUGUGCUCACCUUGUGUACCCGUCGGUUGGGCUGGCUUGAGCUCUUCGUAACGGCCUUGGGAGAUGUCGAUCUCGCUGAGAGGUUGGGUUGA